CGUGUGCACUGCCUUUGCUUUACCUCACUUCGGACCGCAGCCUUCGUCCAUCAACAACCAUCCGCCCUAGGUCCUGCCUACGAUCCGAUACUUGCACAAUCCAGCCACCAUGCCCAGCAAAAUCGUUCUAGCCCAUCUGUUCGGGGCGGUUUCCGUCGUCCUCGCAAGAACGUCGUUUCACAAAGAGCGGUGCUGCCUCUGGAGCGAUACACUGAAUAGAUGGUAUGGAUUGCCGUCGGCCACCCAACAGGCGUGCAACUUCAUCGACCAUUCCGACUACGAGUCCGACGAUGAGGGUUGGUGCCACGCUAAGGGCGGCUACGGCAUCGUAGACGAAUGCUUCAGCUGCCUGUGCUGGAACGGUGCGAAUGCUCACUCCUGUGGCGGUGGGGGAAAGUGGGGCGGCGCAACGACGAAUUGUGGACACAACUGUUAGCGACAGGGCUCUCGCAACUUUUCCGCGAACGAUUCACCAAGUCAACCACCCAGCGAAUUGAGCAGCGGGCCAGGGUUAAGGGCUGACUUGUACAUGCUUCUGGGUUUGAGGGAAAGUCAACGUUGCUUCAGCUCUGCGACAAGAUACAAAAAUGUAGCAGUCCACGCUGGGUCACGGAUUUAUGUCUCCUC